ACGCAUCAGCAAUAGCAGCAUCAGCAGUAGCAUCCGUAUAAUCAGCAUCAAAUCCACAGCAAAAAAUAUUAUCAGCAGCAGCAAUACAGUCAUCAGCAUUGGCUGGACCCCACCUCAUCCUCCUCCUGUUCAUUCUCUAACACCACAUCCAAUAUAUUUUACUACCUCCUCCACAACCGCUAAUACAUUCUCUCACCUCCACCUCCUCUACGACCGACUUCGCCCCUUCCUCAUACAUCACCAGCAGCUCCUCCACCAUCAAGAGCAGCAAGACCUCACCACCACUUCGGUUGCCACGAACCACGACGUGAUGGCCACCACCACCACCUCAAUGCCCUCGCAGCUCAGCGUGUGGGGCCGUGCGGUCACACAUCCAACUCUGGUGCCGCUCGUGAUGGCGCUGGGAGCGGUGCUACCGACGGUGGCGGCGCAGCUGCUGUUCACAAGCGUCACGGAAUGUCCCUGCAUGUACAGCGUCGUGUUCACCACGGUGGCACUCACGGGGCCCACGCUGCCCUUCUCGUUCUGGUCCUCGGCUCUGCUGCGACGCCUAUGCCGCACUCAGAACAGGAACGAAAAGGUGGCGAGUAUGAGGGGAGUCUCCCUCUUGACGGCCGCCAGCCUCACGUGGACUGUGACGGCGCUGUUCAACCAGGAGAUCCUGUGCUGCAUGAUGACUUCUGGCGGCAUUAGCAAUGAACGUUGCAUGACGACGCCCGAUCCCGUGAUCAUAGAGUACUGCACAUCCGUCUCCACGAUCUCUGGAGCAGUAAUCAUGGUGAUUUCCAUAAUUAUCGUUUACGUCCUCCUCCUGGCCUCCGGCUGCUUCAAGGACAAGAACGUCCAGGACCAGGAUGGGACCUCUAACAUGAUUGCCUACAACAUGAUGUCAAUGCCCGGGCCUACAGAAAGGCCCCACCACACAUCCAAUCUUCCUUCCAGCGAACACUUUUGAAGGCCCUGCACAAACAGCAGAAUGUGGGCCAAACGCUGCCCACGAGAUCGUUAUUUCGUAGAAUCACUCAGGAGUCAAUUCACUAAGUCAGUUCUCCCAACGUUGUGAUUAUACUUAGCAUUUUAAUUGUGUUUAGUGAUUUGUUGUACUUGCAAUGCAAAUAAAUAUUUAACAUUUUCUUGGUUCUUUCGGUAAAGUCACAUAGAUAGAAAAUAAAAAUUAAAUAAAAAAUAUACAAAUUUACAUUUUAAAUAAAAAUACAUUUAAAAUAAUAAAAGCAAAAAACCCACGACGUUUCCAUCGCAACACAAGCUGUCUUCAUCAGGCGGAGAGAAAAGAGGGGGAAAGCCUCCAAACGCAACUGCUUAUGAGGGUUUCCAAAUUGAGUGGGCGGGCAACGAGAGCUGGGAGGAGUAAGGGGUGCACGGCGCAAACAGCAUGGGUGGGGCAUCCAGUCAGCCAGUGACAAUGUAGGAGUAGACAAUGGGGGUAUUGGGAGGAGGGAUGUGUGACGUAGGUCAACCAGUGCUAAUGUAGGAGUAGGCCUCGGCAAGGUAAGGUAAAAGUUAAAAGGUAAAAACAACGAGCCUACCUUUACCCUACCUUUUACCCUUACCCCAUACGAAUUACCCGAUUACAGGGUAAUUACUAAGGAACUACACAUGAACAAGGUUUAUAACGGUAAUGCUAGGUAGAGCGCUUUAAUCAUAGAAUACUCUCG